AUGCAGCCGUCAGGACAAGCUGCGCGGUUCCCAGCCUCCCUGCCUGACUCAGCCCGGGCACCGCCGCCUCCCAGCCGUCGCCCGGCAACCACUGCUGAGCGUUUCAGAGCGGCGGAGCCUGCGGCCGGCCGAGCAGAUGAGGGGACCUCCAGGUCAGAGAGAGGGGAGCUUCUAGCCUGGGGCGAAGAGUCAGGAGCGGAGGGGACUCCAGGCCAGAGUGGUGGGAAGUGUGCUCCGAGAAAGGAACUGGCAGGGAAGCCAGUGCAACAGCAAGUCUGCUGGAUCUUGGGGGACACACUUAGGAUGCUCGUGCCCGUACUCCUCGUCCUCUCCUUCUGCCUCAUGGGGCAUGCAGGCCCGGCACCCCACUUUCUGCAACAGCCAGAGGACCAAGUAGUUCUGUUGGGAGACGAGGCCCGGCUGCCCUGUGCCCUGGGCGCCUACCGGGGACUGGUUCAGUGGACUAAGGACGGGCUGGCUCUAGGGGGCGAAAGGGACCUUCCAGGCUGGUCCCGGUACUGGAUAUCAGGGAAUGCAGCGAGUGGCCAGCACGACCUCCACAUUAGACCCGUGGAGCUAGAGGAUCAAGCAUCGUAUGAAUGUCAAGCGACACAAGCCGGCCUCCGCUCUCGACCAGCCCAACUGCAUGUGCUGGUGCCUCCAGAACCCCCCCAGGUGCUGGGCGGCCCCUCUGUGUCUCUGGUUGCUGGGGUUCCUGCGAAUCUGACCUGUCGGAGCCGUGGUGAUGCCCACCCUACCCCUGAGCUGCUGUGGUUUCGAGAUGGGGUCCGGCUGGACGGGGCCAUCUUCCGCCAGACCCCUUUGAAGGAAGGAACCAUUGGGUCAGUGGAGAGCAUCUUGUCUUUGACCCCUUCCAGCCAUGAUGAUGGAGCCACCUUGGUUUGCCGGGCCCGCAGCCAGGCCCUGCCUGCAGGGAAGGACACAGCUGUCACACUAAGCCUGCAGUACCCCCCAGUGGUGACUCUGUCUGCAGAACCACAGACAGUGCAGGAGGGAGAGAAGGUCACUUUCCUGUGCCAGGCCACAGCCCAGCCUCCUGUCACCGGCUAUAGAUGGGCAAAGGGGGGCUCCCCGGUGCUCGGGGCCCGCGGGCCAAUGCUGGAGAUAGUGGCUGACGCUUCAUUCCUGACUGCGCCGGUGUCCUGCGAGGUCAGCAAUGCAGUGGGUAGCGCCAACCGCAGCACAGCGCUGGACGUGCAGUUUGGGCCGAUUCUGCAGGCAAAGCCGAAACCCUUGUCGGUGGACUUAGGAGAAGACGCCUCCUUCAGCUGUGUCUGGCGCGGGAAUCCGCUCCCACGGGUAACCUGGACCCGCCGCGGGGACGCACAGGUGCUGGCCUCCGGGCCCACGCUGCGUCUUCCCGCGGUGGGGCCCGAGGAUGCAGGGGACUACGUGUGCAGGGCCGAGCCGGGGCUCUCGGGCCGGGGCGGUGGCUCUGCGGAAGCUAGGCUGACUGUGAACGCUCCCCCAGUAGUGACCGCUCUGCACUCUGCGCCCGCCAUCCUGAGGGGCCCCGCCCGCCUCCAGUGUCUAGUCUUCGCUUCCCCCGCCCCAGAAGCAGUGGUCUGGUCUUGGGAUGAGGGCUUCCUGACGGCGGGGUCACAGGGUCGGUUCCUGGUGGAGACCUUCCCAGCCCCAGAGGGCCUCGGGGGACAGGGUCCAGGCCUGAUCUCCGUGCUACACAUUUCGGGGACCCAGGAGUCCGACUUUCACCGGGGCUUCAACUGCACUGCCCGGAACCGAUUGGGUGAGGGAGGCACCCAGGUCAGCCUGGGCCGUAGAGACUUGCUGUCCACUGUGCGGAUUGUGGCCGGAGUGGCCGCCAUGGCCAUGACUCUCCUUAUGAUCAUCACUGGGGUGGCCCUCUGCUGCUGGCGCCACGGCAGGGGUCAGUCCUCUUUCUCCAAGCAAAAGAACCUGGUGCGAAUCCCAGGGAGCAGCGAUGGCUCCAGUUCCAGGGGCCCUGAGGAGGAGACAGGCAGCAGCAAAGACCAGGGCCCCGUCGUGCACACGGACCACAGUGACCUGGUUCUGGAUGAGGAGGGGGCUCUGGAGACCAAGGACCCAACCAAUGGUUACUACAAGGUCCGAGGAGUCAGUCCACCCACGUCUCCAGACUCAUGUGUGACAUCUCUCCAGCUGAAGAGUCCUGAGAUCUUCAACUUGCACAAUGGAUUGUCCUGAUUUCUGAGUAACCAGAACAAACUGGCAACCCUACCCUUCCAAAAUUGAACCUUGAGGGGAGGGAAAGAUCAUUGCAGUUGCCUGGGUCAUUGCGAGAAAGCCACUGGGCUUGCCUCUUCCUCUUUAUAAAAGAGAUUCAAGAGGGCAGAUGGGCCCUUUGCAGAGGGAUGGGGACAGGGGUAAUGGGAGUUAGGGACAGAGGAGGAAAUUGCUUCCAAACAUUGAAAGAAGAGAUUUCAAGAUGGCCACCCACAUUAAGAAGAAAGGCAACAUAAAGCAGAUCAAGAUACAGGACCUGUCCUUGCUGUCCCUGAGGGGUACUUUGUUUCACCCAUGGAAUUGCUGCCAAAAUGGCCGUUCAUUCCCUGGGAAUCCAAGAUGGCCACCAUCUUGAUUCUUUCUACCUUCCUUAAAGGCCCUGGAAGAACCGGACCCAAGGAGUAAGGACAGGGUGAGAGCUGUUGUGGUGGUGGGAAGGGGGGAAGGAGUGGUGUUGGAAUCUGGGAAUGAGAAUAUUUAUGUUCAAUUAAAAAAAAAAGUUGCAAAGUGAAUAUCUUAGAAAUCCCCUGGCAUUAUUACUGUCUAUCAAGGAAGGGGUCCAUCAAACCUGCCCCAAGGCCCUUCCUCUUACCAGAGACUACGAAGUGGCUGUAGAAAAAAAACAUGAGCCACCCCGCAGCCCUUUACUAUCCACUGAGCACUCGUGCUGCAGUCCAUGGGGUCUUAAAGAGUCGGACACGACUGAGUGACUGAACUGAACUGAACUGAUCUGAGCACUCUAAGCUCAUCUAAGAUACAUCUAGACAAACAUAUGCAGAUGCACACACAUGACAGGACUGCCCUGGUCUGCUUGGGGAAGACAAUUCUACACUGUAUUUUGGGAAGAGAAGGAAGUGAACCCUGAAGGGGAGGCAGCAAAGGAGAGGCUAGGGGUGGGAAAAGAGAACUAUCCUGAUCCUCAGAGCAAGAAUGGGGGUUGACCCUCAUCUUGAGGUGAUGGGUACCUGACUCAGCUCUUAAAGAAAGGGUCUGGGGGCUUUGGUUCAUGCAUCCUUGAUCUAGGAAUUAAAGGUCUAUGUGACUAGGGCUCCUGGAAAGCAGAGCAGAGAAAACUCAUUGAUCUUAGGGAGAAAGGGCCAAGGGCUUGGUCUCUGGUUCAGAGAGAGAAGGUACCUGGGACCCAGACUCUUGGAUCUGAGGGAGAAGAGGACUGGGUGUCAACUGCUGUGGGGUUUUGUUUGAUUGUUUGUUUUUUUAAAUCAAGCCAUUUUAUUGAAGGGUUUCGGAGGAGGGUCGAAAGGCUGGGAGAACAAUGAGAUCUGAUCUUUUCCUGGCCAGAAUCUCCCCAGCUUCACAGUCGUUUAAAGUUCAACUGCUGUGUUCCUGAUUGAGGAAAUUUUGGAGGCCUAGGACCUCAAGAGGGGACCUCAAGAGGAUUUGGGGGUGGGGUCGGGGCUCCUGUGCUGGCGUCCCUGGAAGAGAAGGAAGACGUUUAGUGGGGGUCUGGGUCCGAGGGAGGAGAAAACUGGAGGUGACGGUCUUGGGGAACUCAAAAUCCACAACUACGAAGCCUGUGACCCAGACUCCCCGGUAGGCCCUUCC